AUGAAAUCCGCAAUAAAAGUCGACGUUAUCAAGACAAAACCAUAUGGAGGUCAAAAGCCUGGAACGAGUGGUCUGCGAAAAAGGGUUUCCGAAUUUCAACAAGAGCAUUAUACGGAGAAUUUCAUCCAGUGUAUAUUUGAUGGUGGUCUUGGUGAUCGAAAAAACGGUGCUUCGUUGGUGGUUGGUGGUGAUGGUAGAUUUCUUUGCUCUGAAACGGUCAAACUUAUCAUUAAGAUUGCUGCUGCUAAUGGGAUAAGAAAUCUAAUUGUUGGACAGAAUGGUUUUUUAAGUACUCCAGCUGUUUCCUGUUUAAUUCGAAAGCGAAUCAUAAAUGGCGGUAUUAUUUUAACUGCAAGCCAUAAUCCUGGUGGUCUAUCUGGAGACUUUGGCAUUAAAUUUAAUUGUGAAAAUGGAGGCCCUGCUCCAGAGAAGGUUACGGAAACUAUUUAUGAAGUAACGAAAACUAUUUCUGAAUAUCGAAUAUGUCACGAAUUGAAUGUGGAUUUGAACGAGUUAGGACGAAAAGAAUUUAUUAUUGAGGAAAGCGGUCCAUUUAUUGUGAAUGUAAUUGAUAGCGUAAAUGAUUAUAUUCAGUUGAUGGAAGAAAUUUUUGAUUUUAACCAGAUCAAAUCACUACUGGUUGAUGGCAUAUUUAACAGACCGUUCAAUAUAAUGAUUGACAGUAUGUAUGGAGCAACUGGUCCUUAUGUAUCAGCGAUUUUAACUGGAAAACUUGGAAUUGAUUCGAAAAGUUUCAUUCACGCAAUUCCAAAACCUGAUUUUGGUGGUGGUCAUCCAGAUCCAAAUCUUACAUAUGCCCACCAUUUGGUUUCCUUAUUGUCUCUUGGAGAACACGAUUUUGGCGCUGCAUUCGAUGGUGAUGGUGAUCGGAAUAUGAUUUUGGGUAAAAAUGCUUUCUUUGUUACUCCAAGUGAUUCGCUAGCAGUGAUUGCUGCAAAUUUAAAUUAUUUGAUUUGCUAUUUUUUUACAUAUUGUUUGCAUAUUUUCGAGUAUAUUGUAGGAUUUGCACGUAGUAUGCCCACAGCUGCUGCAGUUGAUCGUGUUGCUCAGGCUUCUGGUAUAGUAGUAUAUGAAGUUCCUACUGGUUGGAAAUUUUUCGGAAAUUUAAUGGAUGCUGGAAAAUUAUCUUUAUGUGGUGAAGAAUCUUUUGGAACGGGGUCUGAUCAUAUUCGGGAAAAAGAUGGAAUUUGGGCAAUGCUUGCUUGGUUACAAAUAAUAGCGCAUAGAAAGAUGUCAGUUGAAGAGAUUGUCAAGGACCAUUGGGCUAAAUAUGGGCGAAAUGUUUUCACUCGAUACGAUUACGAAAAAGUGGAUGCGCAGGGAGCGAAUUUAAUGAUGACUUUCAUUGAAUCACAACUAGGUGCAUGGAUUGGUCGAAAAUUCUCUGCUAAUCAUAUUGAUUUUGUCCUCUCUAAAGGCGAUAACUUUGAAUAUAAAGAUUUCAUUGAUGGAUUAAUUUCAAAAAAACAAGGUCUUCGGCUAAUAUUUGAAGAUGGUAGUCGUAUCAUAUUUCGUCUUAGUGGUACUGGAUCAUCAGAUGCUACAGUCCGACUUUAUGUUGAUUCAUUUAUUAACCCUUCUGAUAAAGAACGUUUGUUGCUUCCUGCGCAAGAUGUGCUGAAGCCUUUAGUUCUUAUCGCACUGGAUCUAAGCAAGAUGGCGCAGUUCACUGGUCGCGACAAACCGACUGUUAUUACUUAA